CUACUAUAAAUAAUCGUUAGUUUGUGUUAGUUAUCAUCUUAUACAUUUAUAUCAUACUCUAUAAUUCUAUAAAGAUAAUUAUGAAGAUGUCAAUGAGGCAAAUUGCUGUGCUUUUCCUUGUGUGCUUACUUGUCUUGUCAACAGAAGACGCGGGUCCAAGAAAGGCAGAAGCUGGAAUAUUUAGCAGGAAGAAAUGCAAAUCUCCAAGUAAAACAUUCAGGGGACCUUGCUCAAGGGACUCCAACUGUGACACCGUUUGCAGGUAUGAAGGAUAUCCCGCUGGAAAUUGCCAUGGUCUUCGCCGAAGAUGCAUUUGUUGCACCCAUGCUUAAUAAUGCUCCAUCGUUACCAUGAUGUACAUACUCUCUUCGUCUGGAAUUAAUUAAUAGUUUCCUUGUUUGAACUAUUAAGUAUUAAGCCUAGACGAUGCUAGGGUACGUGUACGAUUAUGUUGCUAGCUCCAUGUAGUAGCAUCUUGCAAUUGUUGUUGCUUUAUGUUGUUGUGUUGUCGUUGUGUUGUUGAAAUGGUAAUGUGGUGAAAUUAAAGCUACUAAUAUGUAAUGUAUAAGUAGUGUUGUCCUCGUGAAAAAAGAGGGAGGUUAUUGUUGAAUAAUAAAAUUGUUUGCAUGAAUGGAGCCAUGCAUGCAAGCUUUGAGCAGUUGA